AUGGCGGCGAAGCGCAAGGCCUCAGCGAUGGGGACGUCCGUAGAUGACGAGCCAGUUGACCCUUCGGAUGAGUUGGCCUUUUAUUGCUUGGGUGGAGGCAACGAGGUCGGGCGAUCAUGUCACAUCAUUCAGUACAAAGGCAAGACGGUCAUGCUCGAUGCGGGCAUGCACCCAGCCAAAGAAGGAUUCUCAUCUCUCCCGUUCUUCGACGAGUUCGACCUCAGCACAGUCGAUAUUCUCUUGAUUAGCCAUUUCCACGUUGAUCAUUCUUCCGCUCUCCCGUAUGUUCUCAGCAAGACGAAUUUCAAAGGCCGGGUCUUCAUGACACAUGCGACGAAGGCUAUCUACAAAUGGCUCAUCCAAGACAAUGUGCGAGUCAGCAAUACCUCCUCCUCUUCCGACCAAAGAACUACUCUCUACACCGAGCGCGACCACUUGUCUACCCUUCCUUUGAUUGAAACUAUCGAUUUCAACACAACCCAUACUAUCAACAGCAUCCGCAUCACACCAUUCCCUGCUGGUCAUGUCUUGGGUGCAGCUAUGUUCCUUGUCUCAAUCGCUGGCCUCAACAUCUUGUUCACUGGAGACUAUUCUCGCGAGGAAGAUCGACAUUUAAUUCCGGCUGAAGUCCCGAAAGGUAUCAAGAUCGAUGUACUCAUCACUGAGUCUACAUUCGGAAUCUCGUCCAACCCACCGCGACUUGAGCGCGAGGCUGCGCUGAUGAAGUCAGUCACGGGAAUUCUCAACCGUGGAGGGCGUGUUCUAAUGCCCGUAUUCGCCCUGGGGCGAGCACAGGAAUUGCUUUUGAUUCUCGAUGAAUAUUGGGAGCGCCAUCCUGAACUACAGAAAAUUCCUAUUUACUACAUCGGUAAUAUGGCCCGGCGAUGCAUGGUCGUCUAUCAGACCUAUAUCGGUGCAAUGAAUGACAAUAUCAAACGCCUAUUCCGGCAGCGAAUGGCCGAGGCUGAGGCCAGUGGAGACAAAAGCGCGAGCGCGGGCCCUUGGGACUUCCGAUUUGUCCGCAGUUUGCGUAGCUUGGAGCGCUUCGAUGAUGUUGGUGGUUGUGUGAUGAUUGCAUCCCCUGGUAUGCUUCAAACGGGCACCAGUCGAGAACUAUUGGAACGAUGGGCACCGAGCGAACGGAACGGCGUCGUUAUGACUGGUUACAGCGUGGAGGGUACAAUGGCUAAACAGCUUCUCAACGAACCUGAUCAAAUUCCUGCCGUCAUGUCCAAACUCUCAACAGUCCAGGGCCGAGGAAGGGUUCCUGGUGGCAAUGAUGAGGAACAGAAGGUCAUGAUCCCGCGGCGGUGUACCAUUGAUGAAAUCAGCUUUGCUGCACACGUUGAUGGUGUCGAGAAUCGGAACUUCAUCGAAGAAGUUGCUGCGCCAGUUGUCAUCCUUGUUCAUGGCGAGAAGCACCAGAUGAUGCGACUCAAGUCUAAACUGUUGAGUCUUAACGCUGAUAAGACCGUAAAGGUAAAGGUCUAUACUCCCGCUAACUGCGACGAGGUCCGUAUCCCUUUCAAGAAGGACAAGGUCGCCAAGGUUGUGGGGAAACUGGCUCAGAUUGCUCCUCCAGCUGAGCAAAACGACGGCCAGCUGAUGGCUGGAGUUUUGGUUCAAAACGGCUUUGACCUGUCACUCAUGGCCCCGGAUGACCUUCGAGAGUACGCCGGACUGACGACCACCACGAUCACUUGCAAGCAACAUCUCACCCUUAGUUCUGCGAGUAUGGAUUUGAUUCGAUGGGCUCUGGAAGGUACAUUUGGUGCCAUUGAGGAGAUUGAACUAAAGGCAAAGAGCGAGCCUAAGACAAAGCAGGAGGUCAACGGCGAUGGAGACGAACUCAAGCCGAAGGAAGAGACUGCGGACGAGGAAAUUCCCUCUGGAGAAACUCAGACCUUCUUGGUUAUGGGUUGCGUCGUUUUGCGAUACCACUCACGCUCUCGUGAGAUCGAGUUGGAGUGGGAAGGCAAUAUGAUGAAUGAUGGCGUCGCAGAUGCCGUUAUGGCCGUGCUUCUCACGGUCGAGAGCAGUCCGGCUUCCGUGAAACAAUCCGCAAAACACAACCAACACCAUCACCAUCAUGACCAGGAAAAUCACGGUCCGCUUAAUCCCCACUUCAACGUCGACGCUGAUGAGCGUCUCGCUCGUCUGGAAAUGAUGCUUGAGACGCAAUUCGGCUCUGAUAUUACCCGCAUCGAGAAGCCGCGUGUCCCUGCAGACCUUGUGACUGGAAAUCCUGAGAAUAACGGUGACAUCAACCCAGAAAACAUCAACGAGGAGCGGAUUGCCGAUAUCGAGUCAGCUGAAAUUGAGCGCUUGCAGGCCCUUGGAAUUCCCGUACCGGGUCUUGAGAUCAAGGUUGACAUGCACGUUGCUCGCGUGUGGCUUGAGAACCUGGAGGUUGAAUGUGCCAAUGGAGUCCUGCGUGAUCGUGUUCGGGUCGUAGUUGAACGAGCGAUUGAAACCGUUGCUGGAUUAUGGGCAACCAGCUCCAUGCCUCGGGAAGUCGCGGUAUCGAAUGGUUUGGGGAAAGGUCAGGUAGAGAUGGCAACUGCCAUCAAGAAGGCAGCUGCUAUCGAGGCACAGGACUGA